UCGGACGUGCGGUGGUUGUGAGGACCGAGGUGGCUGGAGAAACGACGGUUGUGUUUUACUUGGCUUCCGAGGCCGGAUGUGUGUAGCUUUUCUAAAACGCUCUCCAGAGUGUGUAAAUUUGAAAAUGCGGAUUGGCCGGAGCAUUGUGGACGGGGUAACCGGAGAUUUCUAGAAAUGUUGUCAUGACAUGCUGAAACGGCGAUGCGGCAUUUCAUUGUUUUCUUGAACGCAAGCCCCACGGAAUCUUAACAAUUUCAGAACAGACGGCAAUGAGACUGAAGCCAGAGGAGUUAGAAGUGUACUCACCAAAUACUUUGACCCAUAACUUACUGAAUAAGGCAGUGACCCAUUUUCUUGCACAAAGGAGAAGAGGAACAGUGGCUCUGCAGUGAAUGCUGACUCUGUAGCACUUUUUCAGAAAUAGGGUGUGAUUAACCAAGGAUGACAAUGGAAGAGAUGAGGAAUGAAGCAGAGACAACGUCCAUGGUUUCCAUGCCACUCUAUGCAGUGAUGUACCCAGUAUUCAAUGAGUUGGAGCAAGUUAAUUUGUCUGCUGCACAAACUCUCAGAGCAGCUUUUAUAAAGGCUGAAAAAGAAAAUCCUGGUCUCACUCAAGACAUCAUAACUAAGAUCCUGGAAAAAAAUUGUGUGGAAGUUAAUUUCACUGAAUCAUUGCUGCGGAUGGCUAGUGACGAUGUUGAAGAAUAUAUGAUCGACAGGCAAGAACCAGAAUUUCGGGAACUUAAUGACAAAGCACGAGCACUGAAAAACAUUCUGAGCAAAAUUCCUGAUGAGAUCAACGAUAGGGUCCGAUUUCUUCAGACAAUCAAAGAUAUUGCGAGUGCAAUAAAGGAGCUGCUCGACACUGUGAACAAUGUUAUCAAAAAAUACCAGUACCAGAACCGCAGGGCACUUGAACACCAAAAGAAGGAAUUUGUCAAAUACUCCAAAAGCUUCAGUGAUACUUUAAAAACCUACUUCAAAGAUGGAAAGGCACUCAAUGUAUUCAUGAGCGCCAACCGGCUAAUCCACCAAACCAACUUGAUACUGCAGACAUUCAAAACUGUUGCUUAGGAGCUGCAUUUGUGAAGCUUUUUGAUGUUCAACCUUAAAAGGUUGACCUUUAUGUAAAUUUAAAUAGUCAGAACUGUAUAAAUUAAAACAUCUAUUUCAAGACUUGAAGGUGUUGAAUAAAAUAAUUGUCAACUUGCACCAUAUUUUUGUAAAACAUUGUAGCUAUUCAUGAUUUCUCUUUAAGAAAUAUUGCAUAACUUUUGCUAUAGUAUUCAAUGAAGCCAAAAGAAUUUGCGCCUUAACAUAUCGUAAUGUAACAUUCCUUUGUGUAAAUAUUGGUGUUCUGUUUCUGAAGUUAACUUGCUGGCAAAGAGACAAGUUAUGUAUUUAACAUAAUUAGUGGCAAAUAAAUCUGAAAUUGUAAAUUG